AUGGCCUCUCAGCAACCUUCCACAGAUUCUAACAUCAACGCAUCUCAUCGACGUUCAUCCUUCCCCAGUCUUCCUGCAGCCUCUCACUCCCCUCUGUCCAACUGGCAAGAGGAUACCAAGCAUGAGCUCGCGGACCUCGAGUCUGGCCUGUAUGACAGAUCUUUGGAAGGCGUAGACGGUCAUCCAUCUCAGCCGGAAGCAGCAUACGACCCAAGUCGUCCUCGGAAGUACGAGGAUGUCGACACUCGUGCCCCAAGCGAGACAGCUCCUUCCCAAUAUGACCGGUUCCCGCUGGGUGCCCCGCCCCCUUAUGAGUCCCAGACCAGAUCCUACGAGCCCGAAUACGAUGAAGAGGCAUUCGAACAAUAUCGGGAUGAUACGAGGCCUAGCAGACAAAUAGACUCCUGGAAGUAUGCCAAAAGCGCCGCCUGGGCUUUGGGUCUCACGAGCCUCGGGGUAGCUGCUGUGGUGGUGAGCAUAAAGAAUAAAAGCACUGGUGGAGACGACAAUGGUGAUUCGGGGUCACAGAAUUAG